AUGCUAAGAUUCUCACUCAGGUCGCUGACUCGCAUUUGCAUCCGUUGGAGCUCGACUCAUCAGUCUAAAGUGGUGAAAACCACCGAUGAAGCACUUGCUGGAGUUUCUUCCGACAUUACCUUGUUAUCUGGUGGUUUUGGCUUGAGUGGUGUUCCUGACACCUUGAUCAAUGCCUUGAAAGAUAUGCCAUCCGUUCAAAACGUCACUGCCGUGUCUAACAAUGCCGGACUUGAUGGCCGUGGUCUUUCACAGCUUCUUGUCACUGGUCAGAUCACUAAGAUGAUAUCGUCAUACAUUGGAGGUAACAGGACCUUUGAGAAGUUGUACUUGACUGGUCAAAUCGACUUGGAACUUACGCCUCAGGGUAACUUGGCUGAACGUGUUCGUGCUGGAGCUGCUGGAAUUCCAGCAUUCUACUCUCCUGCUGGUGUGGGUACCUGGUUGGAAGAAGGUAAGCUUCCUGUCAGAUACGACGAAACCGGAACUAAGGUUUUGAAAGCAUCCGAGCCUAGGGAAGUGCGUGAGUUCAACGGAAGAAAGUACUUGCUUGAGAACGCCAUUUUCGGAGAUGUGGCCUUGGUGAAAGCAUACAAGGCUGAUACAUUGGGUAACUGUUGGUUCAGAGGUGCAGCACGUAACUUUAACAGUGCAUUUGGAAGAAACGCUAAGUUGACUAUUGUGGAGGCUGAACAUAUUGUGGAGCCAGGAGAGAUUGCCCCAGAAGACGUUCACUUGCCAGCUAUCUACGUUCACCGUGUCAUUCAGUCUGCUACUCCUAAGGAGAUCGAAAUCUUCAAAUUCUCCGAGGACAACGAGGCAGCUGUGGAGAACUUGGAGAAAGAGCCAACUAAUGAGGCCGAGGUCAAGAGACAGAAAAUUGUCAAGAGAGCAGCCCAGGAGUUCGAGGAUGGCUCCUUUGCCAACCUUGGUAUUGGAAUGCCUACUCUUGCACCCAACUUCUUGCCUGAAGGUAUCAAUGUGACGUUGCAAUCCGAGAACGGAAUUUUGGGCUUGGGUCCAUACCCUAAGAAGGGUGAGGAAGAUGCUGACCUCAUUAAUGCCGGAAAGGAAACCGUUACUUUGGCCCCAGGAGCUUCCCUCUUUGGAUCUGAAGAGUCGUUCGCUAUGAUUCGUGGAGGAAAGAUCAACUUGGCCGUUCUUGGUGGUUUACAGGUAUCUGCUGCUGGUGACUUGGCCAACUGGGGUCUCCCAGGUAGAGUCAAGGGUAUGGGUGGAGCUAUGGACUUGGUGUCCAACCCUCAGGAAACCAGAGUGGUUGUUGUGAUGGAGCAUGUCGACAAGAAGGGCAGGCCCAAGAUUUUGGAGGAGUGCGUUUUCCCACUUACUGGUAAGCGUUGUGUCAGCCGUAUUAUCACGGAUUUGGCUGUGUUCGAUAUUGUUGACGAGAAGUUGGUCCUUAUUGAGUACGAUCCAGCAUCGUCUGUGGAAGAGAUCAAAGAGAAGACCGGUGCUGCCUUUACGAUCUCCGACAACUUGAAGCCAAUUGAUAUUUAG